AUGGUAAGGGUGGUUACUGCUGGUAUCAGUAUUGUAGCUGCGCCGAGAAUGGCGCCUCCGGCGGCGGUGAGCGGCGGCGGUGUUGACAGGGAUGAUGAGUGGAGGAGCUUCGACAACUCCGUCAGCGCUGUGUCGUUUGGCUUCGUCGCCACCGCUGUUCUUAUCUGCAUGUUUCUUGUCAUGGCCAUUUUUGAGAAGUUUCUCCGUCCCCGAUCUCCUGCCGCCGCCGGCCGCAACCCGGCCAGCGACGACGAGGCAAAUGUGACAAAAUUAGACUACCCGCCUUCCCCAAAGGUGACUGUUUAUCCACAAGGAGUGUCAGUAUUAAUGCCCGGAGAAAGGAUUCCUACUUUCCUUGCACAUCCGGCACCGGUAAACAAGAUCGGUGAAUCGGGUUUCUUGUAA